AUGCUGUGGCCGGCCUGCCUGCUCUUGCUGCUGCUGCCGCCACUCGGCCCUGACCCGGUCCUCGCCCAGAACGACACCGAGCCGGUGGUGCUGGAGGGCAAGUGCCUGGUGGUGUGCGACUCGGACCCCCUGAGCGAGGCGGGGGCCGGAGGCGGAAGCGGAGGAGGAGGAGGAGGAGGGGGAGGAGGAGGCGCGGCCGCCGGCAUGUCGGUGCGCUCCGCCGGCGGGAAGGCCGCCUUCUCCGCCGUCCGGGCGACCAACCACGAGCCCUCGGAGAUGAGCAACCGCAGCAUGACCAUCUACUUCGACCAGGUGCUGGUGAACAUUGGCAGCCACUUCCACCGUGAGAUCAGUGCCUUCAUCGCGCCCCACAAGGGUAUCUAUAGCUUCACCUUCCAUGUUGUCAAGGUGUACAACCGGCAGACCAUUCAGGUGAGCCUGACGCUGAACGGACGGCCGGUGAUCUCGGCCUUCGCCGGAGACCAGGACGUGACCCGGGAAGCUGCCACCAACGCCGGGCUCAUGCAGAUGGAGAAGGGCGACCGGGCCUCCCUCAAGCUGGAGCGCGGCAACCUGAUGGGCGGCUGGAAGUACUCCACCUUCUCCGGCUUCCUCGUCUUCCCGCUGUGA